GAUCUCGGCGCCAUUUUGAGAAGUCAGCGAGAGUUGCGGGAAUAUUUCUAAAUUAGCUUGCUAACUCUGUGUGCGCCGUUCACGAUUGAUUUAGAUAAUAGAUAGCUUGAUAUUUAUACAGCCAUCUCUUAUAUACAGUUACACGGCUUUUCUUCAGUUAGCUAGCUAGGUAAGUAGUAAUCUUCGGAUGUCGGGGGAUAAUAUGUCGGGCGGCGGGAGCGUGGUUCGUGGCCCAGCGGGAAACAACGACUGUCGGAUCUACGUGGGUAACCUGCCGCCUGAUAUUCGCACUAAAGACGUGGAGGACGUGUUCUACAAGUACGGAGCGAUCCGGGAUAUCGACUUGAAGAACCGGAGAGGAGGACCGCCGUUCGCUUUCGUGGAAUUCGAGGACCCCAGGGAUGCUGAUGAUGCGGUGCACGGUCGUGAUGGUUAUGACUACGAUGGUUACCGUCUCCGGGUGGAGUUCCCCCGUAGUGGUCGUGGAGGGGGGAGAGGGGGGAUGGGCGGUGGAAGGGGCGGUGGUGACGGUGGAGGACCCAGAGGAAGAUAUGGACCUCCAUCACGACGCUCUGAGUACCGGGUCAUCGUCUCCGGUCUCCCCUCUAGUGGUAGCUGGCAGGACCUAAAGGACCACAUGCGCGAGGCAGGUGAUGUAUGUUACGCUGACGUGUUCCGGGACGGUACCGGCGUGGUGGAGUUCGUACGCAAGGAGGACAUGACCUACGCUGUCCGCAAGCUGGACAACACCAAGUUCCGCUCCCACGAGGUAGAGACUGCCUACGUGCGUGUGAAGGUGGAUGGACCUCGCAGCCCUAGUUACGGACGCUCCCGCUCUCGGAGCCGUAGCAACGGGCGUAGCAACAGCCGCUCACGCAGCUUCUCACCGCCGCGACGCAGCCGGGCCUCUCCACGCUACUCGCCACGACACUCACGCUCCCGCUCCCGCACCUAGAUACACACACCUCCAGGAACCCCAGCCCAGCAGACCCCAGCCCAGGGAGAGGGAUGUGAGAUCAUCAGACCAGGAGACUCAAGACAGACGCCCUCCGGUGGAUCUUCUAAUGCGUUACAUCAUUCUACCGUUCUGCUGUUCCUCUUGCCUCGCCUUCCUCUUCUUGUUCUUCUUCCCCUCCCUCUGUUCUUUCAUCCCCUUGUUUUUGGUCUAGUUUGCCACAGAUGUUAUUAUAUUUUUGUUUCAUUCAUGAUCUCUGUUCUCUUUUGUAUCUGCCCCCCCCUCCUCCAUCUGCCUCCUGUCUCUUUACAGUCCUGCACUCCCAUCUCCUUGUCCCCCUCCUAUCUCUUCUCUCUCUCCCGCUCCCCACUCUCUUUGUCUUGGUGUUAUGGCUGCUGGGGGGGAAGGGAAGGUGUCAUGCUGUAUGGAGGGAUGGGGUGGAAAUGGGAAAGAGGGAGGUUUUUUCUUUUGUGUUGAUGGAGGGAUGGUUUGAUUUGUGUUCUGAUAGGCUUUUGGGACACAGGAACAGAGUCUGAAUUGGCUCGGAAACAGGAAACCGUUUAUAUUAGCAUUAACAGGAGGAUGAGGAGUCAAAUACCCAGCCAAUGCUAUGACGACAGUCUUUCACCCAAAUAGCUUUCCGACCUGUUUAUUUUUAUGAUCCAGUUAUAACUGUUAAUAAAUGUUUUAAAACGGCA